AUGGUGUUUUCUAAUGAAGGUCCUCAAGAGGAAAAUGAAGAGCCAGUUGUUCCUGUCAGUGAUUCAGAGGAAUACAGUGGUUUACGAGCUCAGGAUCUCCAAGAAGUUAAAGAUCAACUGCUGGUAGAGACAGCCGACAUGUUGAGUGUUCCAUUAUUUACAGCUGAAGCACUACUUCGCAACCAUGAAUGGUCACGUGAAACCCUGCUUGAAGCUUGGAUGACAGACCCAUUUGCCUGCUGCGAAAAAUGUGGAGUAACACCACCUGCUAGUUUAUACAGUGAUCAACCAAUCCUUCCUGAGACCCUCAACAGCCCCACCAACUCAGAACCACCUGACCAUGAUGCUGUUUGUGAUAUUUGUACUUGCAUGUUUCUGAUGUCUGAGGAGCCAGUUCAUAUGCCUUGUGAGCACCGCUUCUGCCGUGCAUGUUGGGAACAGUAUCUCAACUUGAAAAUUCAGGAAGGCGAUGCCCAUCACAUUACAUGUCCUGGUUACAACUGUAGCCGGUUGGUGCCUGUGGAUGUCAUUGAAAGUGUUGUUUCCAGAGCAAUGGCCAGGCGCUACCUGCAAUUUGAUAUCAAGGCUUUUGUGGAUAGCAAUCCUUCAAUGAAAUGGUGUCCAUACCCAGGCUGUGCAAGAGCGGUCCACUUGCCUGAAAUAGAGAACACUAAUGGAUCUAAUUCAUUGCUAACUGCUGUCAAAAUCCCUGAAGAUACAUCACGGGCUGUGGAUUGUGGAAAUGGUCACUACUUUUGCUGGAACUGUCUGGGAGAAGCUCAUGAACCUUGCAGCUGUAAUAACUGGAAGUGUUGGCACCAGAAAAUAGCAGAAGUCAAGCCUGAACAGUUGACUGGCACUGAAGUGGAAACGGAAGCUGCUGCCAAUUGUCUUUGGUUGGUGACUAAUUCUAAGCCAUGUCCCAACUGUAAAUCACCCAUCCAGAAAAAUGAAGGAUGUAAUCACAUGAAAUGUUCCAAGUGCAAACAUGAUUUUUGUUGGGUGUGUUUGGAGCAAUGGAAACGUCAUAAUUCCAGCACUGGUGGAUAUUUCAAAUGCAAUCGCUAUGAGGCUGUAAAGAAGGUGGAACAACAAACUCAGGUGUUACUAUCCGAAAUAGGAAUAUCUAUUUCAUCCUAUUUAAAGCAUAUGAUAAUUAUUUGUACACCACACUUACACAUUGAAAUGCUUGCUGUUUAA